CGUGUAGCCUGUGUAAAGCAAAAAUGGCCGACUAGCCGAGCUGGGUUUUAUGCUUGUGGCUUUUACUCAACUGUAAAACCGAAAGCGCCGAGCCCCUACCCCGGAUUGGAGAUUCUGUUAUCGUGCUUGCCGGUACCAGUUUUUGACUAUGGGUUGUCCAAGGCUACCUGGUGCCCGGCACUGAGGACGCGCCCCCCGGCACCAUCGACUACCCUCCAGGCAUGAUGGACGAGCUGCCUCCGGGCGAGGAGGCGCUCCAGCUGCCCCCCGCCGUGGAGGCGGCAGCGGUGGCGGCGGCGGCGCCCCCCGAGGGCUACCCUGCGUUCAACCAGGCGGCGUUUUACCCGUUUGCGUACCACUUGAACGACAUUCCUCCGCCUCCCCCUGAGGAGGAGAAGGCGGUGGUGAAGCCGGCCGUGCUGGGCAAGGCGCAGGCCAAGAAGCGGCUGCUGGCCUUCUCGCAGACCAAGCAGCUGAAGCCGCCGGGCGUCAAGAGUCCGCCCAAGCCGCCGUCCAGGGCCGUGGAGAACGCGUUCAGCAAGAGCGCCAACUCGACCGAGGACGAGAAGGAGCCGAAGAAGAAAAAGAAGGACAGCAAGAUCCCGACGGCCUUCCGCAACAUGGCCGAGAUCAAGAAGGAGGAGGAGGAGAUGAAGAAGACGCUGAUGAGCAAGCAGUUGGAGCGGGACCACCGCGAGGAGCGCUGGGGCCGCGGCAGGGGCAGGGGCCGCUCGCGCUCCAGAUCCAGGUCGCGCUCCAGCUCGAGGUCGCGUGGCGGCCGCCGACGCGGCUCGUACCGCCGCAGCCGCAGCAGGGACCGCGCCCGCCGCUCCAACCGCUCGUACAGCAGCUACACCACCACCAACACCAGCUACACGCGCAGCCACAGCAGGAGCGACAGCCGCAGCCGCAGCGACCGCAGGACCACCGAGACCAGCAGCUUCGUCUCCACCUCCGAAACGUUCACUUCCGACAGGGAAUCAACCAUAUCCAAAGUCAGCAAGAGAACUGAUAAAAGCGAGAAGGAAAGCAAAAAUGGAGAUGCGUCGAGCCGACGAAGCAAGAGCAGCGAGAGAUCUCAGAAAUCGAAAGGAAAGGAGAACGCCAAAGAGGAGUGUGCGUCGCCAAAGAUGGAGCUGACUCCUGCACCAAAGACUCCUUCGAGCUGGACCGAAGUGAAGGCGGCGGAAUCGGCCGGAAGUUCGGCAGGCCGUCAAUCCAAGCGGUCGAGAUGCAGUGGCCGGCGUUCGGGCCUCUUCGCCUCGCCGGAACUCAAAUCUCCGUUUAUUGCCUUAAGUCGUAAACACGACGAGAGCUCGAACGAAAAGGCGGAAAAGGAAUACCCGCGCCACUUGAUAAAGUUCACGAACUCGCUGCCGCGGCUCUCGUACUGUGAGAAUCCGUGUUUCGUGCCUGGAUAUUAUAAGUCACGGCAUGAAAUUCUAGCCUCCGAGCCUCCGGCCAUAGUCGAUAUCAUGAAGCAGUUCCUCGAGAGCGCCGUCGCCAGCGUCACGAACCCCGACUCGUUCGGCUUGGGCGCCUUGCAAAACAGCUACGACGCGCCGGACGACAUGUCCGCCGAGGAGGACGCGAACGAGCGCCACGAGCGGCCCUGGAUGGUCGAGGAGCGCAACCUGGAGUCGCUCAGCGAGAUCAAACUGGUGCCGUCGACGCGGGAAAAGCAGGAGAAAGAAAUCGAGGAGGAGCCGGAGAAGCCUGAGAAGCUGGCGGCAAAGGCCAAGAAACGCAAACUGGAGGCGGACGCGCCGGACAAGGAGGAGAGCAAGAAGAAGAAAAAGAAGAGGGCCAAGGAGAAGGAGAAGGAGAGGAAGAAAAAGAAGACCAAGAAGGCUAAGAAGAAGAGCAAAAAGGAGGAAGACUCGACCGAUUCGUCGGACGAGGAGGCGGCCAAGAAAAAGAGGAGGAAGAAGAAGCGGAAGAAGGCCAAGAAGAAGGCGAGGAAGCAGAGCUCUUCCGACGACAGCAGUGCCGACUCGGACAGCGAGGCUGAAAAGAAGGUGAAAAAGCUGAAGAAAAAGAAGAAGAAGAGUGCCAAGGCCAAGAAAUACAGCAGCGACUCCGAAACGGAGCAAGAGGAAGAAGAAGACAAGAAGUCGACAGAGCUCGUCACCGUCAAACUGACUGAUUCCGCAGAAAAGGCUGAACAAACUGCUGGUGACUCGAAAACAAAUUCGGACGAUCUCGACAGCAGUUUGAACAACUCGUUUGAGAAUUUCAUGAGAACCAGGUGCGCAGAGGAGUUGAAGGUGUCCGGCAAGGACUUGUCGGUCGAAUUCGAGGAGUUCCUCCGCCUCAAAAACCUUCGUGAUAAGGUGUUGAAGGAGCUGAAAGAAGGGGACCAAAAGGAGGAGAAGAAAAUGGCGAAAAAGAAAAAGAAGAAGAAGAAACAACAAAAGAAAGUGUCUUCGGAAAGCUCAAGCAGUGAUUCUAGCUCAGAUUCCGACAGCAAAAAAAAGAGCAAGAAGAAACGGUCCAAAAAGAAACGUUCCAGGAGCUCCAGCAGCUCGAGCAAUGUAAGUGAUAAUAGCCCUGAAAGCAAUUGUGAGCUAGAGUCAGAUAAUUUCUAUAUUGAAGGUGGAGGCCAGCAAAACGUGGAAAAGAGCCAAGAAGGGCUCGAGAAAGUCCAAGAAGGGCACGAGGAGGCGCAAAAUGAGUCAGAGCAAGUGAGAGCAGUAGCAGCAGCAGAAGCACAAUCAGCACUUUACUCACCCUCACAAAUGUCCUCCACCUCCUCCUCCUCUUCUUCCUCCUCCGACUCAGACUCGAGUCUCGAAAUAGCAAAGCCCACGUCGACGCCCGUCUCGGAUGCGAAGCCCCUCGUCGACGACGACGGCUGGGACAUUAUGCCCAAGGACUGCAUUUCCUCCUCCAGCACGUACACGCCGGUCAUCACGCCCUCGAUGCUGCUCUACCAACAGACGAACCAGCUGCCGCUACCACUGCCGCCCACCAAGAAGAUCGAGUUUAAGCCGAUGCUGGUCAAAAUGAAAAAGAUUAUAGCCGCCAAUCCUCAUUUCGAAGCGGACGACGACGACGAGGACGAAGACGAAGAUGAAGAGACGGAGCCUGACGAGCCCGCUUGCAGCGAAGCAAAGGACGAGCUUCCUGAGAAGAAAAUUCUCAAGAGUUUCUCGCCCGAGAGAGAGUACGAGGAGAAGCACCGCAAGCGCAGCAGUCCGGUGCGCCGGAAGGAACAAAGCAGGCGGUCGUCCCCGCCGCCGAGGAAACGCACCCUGGACAGACGCUCACCGGAGAGACGGUCUCCGGCCCGAAACCGCAGACCCCGGAGGAGCCCCGUCCGGCCGAACAGGCAGAUCAAGUCGCGCUCCGUCAAGCGAAGGGCGCUGUCGCCCGCGCGCAAGUCUCGUGCGCCGCCGGCCGGCAGGACGAGGAGCCCUGCUCAAAGUCAGAGGUCGCGGAGGAGCCCCCAGCGGCGCCCCCAAAGACCGAGGUCUCCUCCCAGGCCCAAGGCGCGCUCGUCCGGCAAGCCGCGCACUCCGAGCCCGAAACGCAUCGUCGCCGAGAAGGCGGAGAGAAUCUCGUCUCCGAACUCGUCGCCGCUGGUCGGUUUGAAACGCUCGGUGGCCGACUCGACGAUAAGCGACUCGGAGCUGCAGGCGGCCGCGGCCGCCGCGGCCAAGGUGGAGGAAAACGAGCCAGACUACCACGACUACUACGAAAAGCACUACGCGCAGUACUACGAGUCGUUCAAGCCGGACGAGGACGACGAGCCAGAGCCCGAGGAAAAGUCCCCGAAGAGAAUCUCGCUCGACGACAGGAUCCAGCUGGAGCUGGGCGACAGAGAGGAGGGCGGCCUGCUCAACCAAAUCCCCGUCUUCCAGUUCAGCCAGACCGGUUUCAACCAGCCGUUCAACAACCACUACCUCAAUCAGCAGUACAACUCGUUUAGCCAGCACAAUCAGGGAUGGCACGGCCCGCAGCCUCCGUUCCCCACGCUUACCAAAGAUGACCCACGUGUCUUGCAGGUGGGGAACGUUCUGCAAGUUGUUCCGAGAGACGACAUUGGCGAAAACAAAGAAUUGGUUGCUCAAAUACCAAAGCCAGCGCCCUCUCUAGGGCCAACAAACCAGGUAGUACAGGUGGGCAACGUGCUGCAAGUUGUUCCGCAGCCAGUGGCGCCGCAUGCCAUUCCGAUCGCUCACAUCCCAAUGCCCAGCGUGGCGCCUGUCCAGAUGCCUGCCAUCCUCGCCCGUCCCAAAGUGCAGGGAUACGUCGACCUUGCGGCAACUGAAGCUGCGAAUGUGCGGAGGUUAGCUAAAGACGUGAAACUGCAGGAAAAGCUGCGCCGGCGAGCGGAGAGGGAAGAAAGAAGGAAGAUUCGAGCGGCUGCCAAAGUUCUUCAGGCUAGCAAAAAACUGGAAAUAGAAAAGGCGAAGGCGGCAGAGGAAGCCGAAGCUGAAGAAAAGAGGCUCUUUGAGGAGGCGUUGUACGCUGUUCCUGACGAGGAGGACGAUGACGAAGAGAAAGAUGACUCGGAAGCCGACUCAAAGGACGAAAUGGCCUCAAUCAAGAAAGUCGAAAAGAUCUCACCAAAGAGAAGAGUGUCCAGACUGUCGAGAACGCCGCCAGUGAAGGUUAUCAACAAAGACGAGCGGCCGUUGCGAGAAAUCAGCUUUGCGCCGGCGGAGAAGGGCAUCCUGCUCAUCGUCGGCAAGAAGACAAUCGAGGAGGAGGCGGCCGCCAAGAGUCGCAAGGUGGUCAUGUUCUCGGACGGCGUCAGGCCAGGCGAAGGCUCUUGUUCCUCAGGUGGAGAAGAAAUGACGUCUCCACCGCCGCCUUCGGAGACCAAGGAAAAGAGAUUCACCAAGACUGCCGCCAAGAAGGACAAAAAAGCCAAAAAGAAAAAGGAACCAAAGGUGAAACCUGUGAAAGACAAAGCUGCCAUCAGAGCUGCCAAGGAGGAGAAGCGCAAAGCUGAUCUUCUCGAGUUGGAAAACCUGCCUCCGCCGCCGCCGCCUCUCGAGCCUCCGCCUGACUACCUCAAGCAGUACUACGACCAGUGCAAAGUCUGCAUUUCCGCUGGCUACCUCUACAACCCAACUACCUAUGUUUUUGCAGCCCCUCCAAAGCCAAUCGUGCCACCAGUGCCAUCUCCCGUGAGAAGCAGCCGAUUCGACAUUCCCCCGAUGAGCGUGGCGCCGCCGCCGCCAAGUGACCCUGCGAAGCCGGCGGCGCGGAAAAGUAGCUCGACCAGCAGCAGCAGCGGCAACUCGCGCAAAAGCCGCGACAACCGCAAACUGCCUCCGCCGGUGUACAUCAAGAGCAGCAGCAGGGAGAGACCCGUGAAGACGUUGGAAGACAAAGAGAAGGAGAGGGAGAGGUCCAAGUCGCCUAGAAGGAGCUCUCCGUUGCCAAGAAAGUGCUCGAGAAGCCCGUCCCCGAGCAGGAGAAGGAAAGCAAAGGUCCGAAGCAGCCGAGACGAUCGUGACAGAUAGAAAUUUCAUAUUUCUAUCCAUGUCCACCUUGCACAGGCUGUGAGUGCCCCCGCCCCUCCCCGCCCCCUCCCCAACCCCCUCACCCGAGACUCAAAGUGAACAAUGAAUUCGACUUGCUUUAAUUUAUUCUUGGUUAAAUCUGAGACACAUCAAAGAGUGCUUAUUUUUGUCACGAAUGCAAUAUCACUUGUUCUUCUGAAUAAUCUGCAUUGCUUGUUUUAUGUUGUUGCUCCAUUUGAUGGUCAAGUUGAAGCCUUCUUGAUCCUGAGUUAAAUAAUGUCUGUUGUGAUAUGAUCAAUAAAAUUUAAAACCCACUUUGAUAGACUUCAUAA